CAGUUCCGACUAUAAUGCGCGUUUCAUUGCUUGCGCUGAGAGUUUCAGAAAAUUAUUUAAAACGCUUCCAUGGAUCGCUAUAACCGUGCCUGGAGAGAUCCCAGAUCGCCGCUCACGCCCAUAACACCACUUACAACCCGGGCCUUUAGUUUUGAUAAUAUUCCGUCGCCGCCAACGCCUAACCCCUGCAAGUCGCAGAGCUACAACUCCCGCGGUCUUCGACCCAACCACCAUAGCGUGCAAAAUCAAACAGCUGGCCAUGCACGACGCUUGAUUGGUUCAUGUACUCCAAAACAUUUCUCGCAGGAUUUUAUGCGGAUUAGAUCUGUCUUUUCACCUUGUGCUCAUGGCACAGCAAUUCAAGGUGAUUCUGCGCCGCCAAAGAAAGAUACCCGAUCCUCUCAACUAACGGAUGCAAUCACUAAACAAGCCCCACCAAAACGCCACUUCAAGCGUAGCUCACCCGUUAACCAGCCUGAGCUCAGUCCCAGGGUUAGUUCACUGCUCAAUCGCACAGGCAACAAUCACCUACUCGAUUUGUUCAGACGUCAAGAAAUCGACAUGGCAGUACUGGUUCAGAUGACUUUGGAGGAAUUGGAAUCCCUCGGAGUCCGUGGUGUCAGGGAAUUGAAAUUGGCCAUCGAUGUAAUCAAAUUUGCUAAAAAGUUCAUAUAACUCGAUUUGAAUUUGAAUGUCUUUGAAA